AUGUCCCAGCCCAGCAAGUCAAUCGCCACAUCCCCCGGAACCGCCCUGGAAUUCAAAUCCUACGACGAAGACCAGGCCUAUCUUGCCAGUGAGAAUCCAGAGCCGCACAGCCGCUCAUCAACAGUCAUCUACUACGACUACAACCGCUCCGCAACGUCGCCGAGGACCUCAAAAUGGUGGGUGAAGGUCACGUUCCGGGGAUACGUCUACGGGCAGAAGGUCCCAAUCCACCAACGGCAGAGAGAGCUGGAGAACUUCGUGCAGUGUAUUGACUUCAGCUCGAUCCCUCUGCUCGAUGAUACCGUCACGGAAGUCCUUCUCGACGACCCGAGCACAACCUCGUUAUCAGAAAAGACUGAGGCUGAAGAACGGGUCACGGUCACCGGUGCUGUGCUCAAAAUGCACGCUGGGCAUAAACUCAACCCAAACAAUCCUUUUGCACCCGUUGCUGCAUCACUGCGGUAUACGACGCGCGAGGACCCAGCGAGGGUGAUAUACCCAUCCCUCGACGAGUUCGCUUCCUUCCAGCGCAUCCGGUCCGAGAUCCUAGUUGACCGCACCGAGAUCAACGACCAUGUCUUCCGCGUGCGACAUGGGCCACGUAACAAGCCGUACAUCCUCAAGACCGUAAACCGCGCAUUCUACAAGACGCACGAUACAGAGGCCAUGCGCAACGAACUCGGAACCCUUGCGCGCUUCCGCAAUGCACCGAAUCUCGUCCAAGCCGCUGGCGUCGUUGUCUCGCAGAACCCGUACCAGACGUUGAGAACAGCAGACCAGCCGACACAGGACGUCAUCAUCGGAGUCCUGCUGGAGUUCUACCCAGGCGGCUCGUUGAGAACUAUCAUCCAGCAAGACCCCGGAUUGAAUGGAUAUCCGUGGCAACGGUGGGCGCUCCAAGUGACAACUGCUCUGCACGGGAUCCACCUCGCGGGAAAGACGCACAUGGACAUCAAGACAGCGAAUGUUUUCCUGGACGCUGAUGGGGAUGCAGUGCUGAUUGGGAUUGGCGGCAAUGGCUGGGUGACGCCCGGGUGGACGGCGCCGGAGCUGAGGGAUACGAUUUCAGGUGGCUGGGAUCAUUUGCCGUUUGAGGCGAGACGGUUGAAUGACUCGUGGGCGUUGGGCAAACUCCUACUACAGAUUACGGGGUACGUUGACAAUUGCGAUGCUGAGAAGGUGGUGAGUGAUGUUGGCAGAGCGCUUAUGGGGGACAGUGUGUACUGGGCGCGGAUGAGUUUACCGGAUGCUAUAAAGAAACUGGAGGCUGCUGGGAUAGGGAAGCAGUGA